UUACAAAAUUCUAAAAAUUAUAACCAUGGAAGCUGAAGCUCAUGAAUGUAGAGCACCUGUAUCUGCAAACAUAAGUGAUUCAUCAGCGCCACCUGUGCUCAAUAUAUCCGGAAGGGCAAAGUCAGAGUGGAAUGCUCCCCGCAUUAGGGGCAAAAAGAAGCCCCCGCCUGUCUUGGACGCACCCAAAGUGAAUCCGAACACAUUUCCAGCGAUAUUAAGCAGGAUUCUACUGAAGACCGAUGCUCCACCUGUAGCUCCACCGAAGUUUAAUCCAGCCGACGGCACACAGUACCUUUGCUUCCUGUGCCUCGAGAAGCCGGAGAGUCGAAAGCGCGUCUAUCACAUGUUCAUCACGACUGAAAAGAAGCUGGCAAGCGACUACGAGCACACCAGGAAGCUGUACGAGAAUCGCAAGGAGUACAUAUAUACCAAUAAUAUAUCCGUGGAAACAGUCUGUGCACGAGCACUGUACCGCCGGGUUCAAAAGAAGUUCAUGGACGUACACUGGAACAAGCUGGGCAACGUUUUUGAGACUGACAUGGUCGGACGCAGUGAUGUCUGGGGUAUAUCUAAUCGAGUUUACGCUUUGCGUAUCGAGGAGCACGAAAGACUAUUUAAUUACAUAAAGUUUCUGAGCUCAACGAAGAGCUAACUAAUUACAUUCGAUUUUAAGUGCCCGUACCAAUUGUGAUAUCUUGUGUUUAUUUUUUAUAUUAAAUCUCUGCUUUGCACACACUUAAA